GGGCGUGUCAAACAAAGGACAGAGGGGACUACAAUGGGAGACAGUUUCCAUGAGCAGUUGUUGGAGGACAGCACCUUCCUCAGAGCUGACCGCAGACUGGAUACAGAGCUGGUGGACAAACUCAUCCUGCAGCUCAACAGGAUCUACCCACAGAUCCUCUCAGACAAGGAGGCCACCAAAUUCAGAAACUUGGACGUGCAGACAAGUGUUCGACUGGGUGAGCUUCUGACACACCUGCAGGGGAAAGGAGAUGAAGCCUGCAGGGAGUUCUACAGAGCACUUCACUUGCAUGUGGAGGAGGUUUACUACAGCUUGCCUACCAGGCUCCGCCUCAGAGAUUCCUUAGACCCACUCUCAUAUCCACGUGUCCAGCAACAGAGACAUGUUCUGAACGACAGAGGGCCCGCCUUCUUUCUGGGCUGUUUCAGCGUUGCAGUGGGAAUGGCUUUACUUUACUACUACAGUGAAACAAAAGUGACGGGAGGAAGCCGGGCCCUCGGGAUGGCGGCUCUGGGUUUGAAACGAAAAGCUCAGGAGGUUCUCAUAUGGUACACUGAAGAAGGCCUCAUGAAAUAAGGGGGGCGACUCCUUCACACCAGGUGCUUCACCAGUUCUGCUCCUAUGAAUUGUACCAAAGCAUAGCACACUAUAUCUUUACUGGAUUUGAAUACUAAUUUUCUACUCAAUUGUAGCCUAUAAAGUAUUCUGGUUGUGUUCUAAAAUGAGAAAUAUUGGGUAAAUGUAGAGCUACAUUUGGCCCUUUGCUCUGUUUUCUUCACAUGUUACCUAUUUAAGUUGGUAAAUAGGACUGAAUACACUCUGGCAUGAACACAGGGAAAUCAUAAACAAGCUCAUUAAAGAAGUUGUUCUCGCCACCUUUAAAUGGAAAAUAAAACACAUUUUACAAACCAAAUAAACACACAAAAAACAGCGACUACACUGGCGACAAAAUUAGCCAUUUUGAAAGACUAAAUAUUUACAAAAUUGGAAGUAUGUUCUUUACUUUAAAUGUCCAUUUUCAGCACUACACAAACUAUAGCCUUUAUCAUUUAACAUUUCGCAGUCCUAUAAUAACUAUCCUUAAAUGCAGAAAGCAAUACCCUGCAUGGUAUGUGCUUCCUUACACGUUUGUGCUGAACCCCUUCUUUUGUGAAGAAUUACAUCUACUUUUCUUCUCAUUUGCAACCGAUGUCAAGCAUACAACUUAAAUGUUCUCCCCAAAUUGACCUUUGGUGGAACAUUUACUGCCCUCUUGUGGCUAAAAGUGAACUACAUCACCAGCAGUGUACACGUUUUGGCUUGUGUUGGUUUCAUAAUAGCUUUCCGAAAAUCUGCUGCUUACAUUAAGACAGAAAACGGGAAGAUGCAUUUUUAACAGCAGUACAUUAUAUUGAGCUGGGUCCGUAUAAAAACACUUUUAGACGAGUUUUGCAACCACGUGAUUGCUUUCGCCAAUGAAACGCUAUACCAUCGCAGUGCAUUAUGGGAAAAUACUUUACCCAAAACAUAAAAAUGUCUAGUUAAGAGUCGUAAUAAUAAGAAUCAUUUACCAAUUUAGCUUUUUACGAAUGAAUUAUUCACUAGAUGUGUCUCAUACGUGUGUUUGUUUUUUUUUUGUAAUCCAAUCCGGAAGUUACACCGUAAUGGAACGUAGGUUGCACAUGUCAGGGUAUAUAUAGGGCGGACUUUCCUCGUUAUUCUUGUGUUGUAUGAAAGGAGAGAAGGUUAGCACUCCCCUUGACAAGGAUGGAAUUGGCCCUAGUGGCCAUCAACACAUAUACGGUUAAGGCACUGCCACCUACUUCGUGGCAUCUAUAACCAGAUUUUUUGAUCAGUAUAACUUCGAUGUAAUCCAACAAAGUUUGACGGUGUUCUUUUCCCCGAUCACCGUUUAGACCAUGUAAUCUUAGAAAGGAAACAUGCCUUAAUAUUUUUCCUUGUCUUUGUUUCCGCUGGGUCGGGCAGGAUGUAAACACUCCCCCCCUCUUUGCCUAAGCAUUUAGCCUCUGCUGUGUGUCUGUCUCAUAGAAGGAGCUAAUAAACUCAGUUCGCGAGCGUUAAAGUGCAUUUACAUUUGCAAUUCACAGCUAUAUAUAUUUUAUCUUAUAGUGUGGAUAUUAUAUCAUUGUGCCUUUUGGUUGACUAUUUGUCAAUAAUUUAAUUACAUGUAUUCAUUUAGUCUACACGGGUAGGAAGAAUAAGAUGGUAUUUCUCAGGCUGUUUGUAAACCAUGACAUACAGAACAUACUAGUAACAAUCAUGAUGGUGCUUUGGUAAAACUGUCUCUCUGUUAAUUUUAUUUUGGUGGGUAGACCACUAAAGCCAAUAUCAAGAACAUCUAAACAUUUUCUAUGUGCAUGACUUGUUGUUAUUGUAUGUAAGAAUUUUGUAAUAUUAUUCUAAAUGGACAUAUUGAUAAUUCAUUUUGGAUGUCCAUUUCUUGGCGGUUUGUUACAUUUUGUGUAAUGUGUCAUGUAAAAAGGCCUUAAAUUAAAGUGCCAUCGUUUGCAGAACUGAGACUUGUCUUUCACAAAAAUGCAUGAUUAGAAUAAAUGGGACAAAAAACACA